AGUAUCGAGUAGUAUGCGUGUGCGUCUGUUGGAUACAUGUUGGCUGUGUCCAGUGUCCUGUGUCUACCUCUAGAGGUGUGUUGUGCUUUCUGCUAUCGUGCUUGUAAAUUGUGACGACGCCACGGAAUAUUCGUGAUUCGGAUUUCCAAGUUCGGUGCAGGUGUUAUUAAUCGGAGCGAAUCAGAAACAGCUGAUUUCAUAAUAUCGUUAAACGUAUUACGUUUCCGUUGUUAAGUUGACAAAAUUGAUUGCGAAAGAACAUUAAGAAUACCGCAAGGUUGUUUUUCUCUCGAUUUAAUCUAUAGAAAUUCCACUUUAUCUCAUCAUACAUGGUAAAGCGUCCAAGAACAAUGUACUCGUGAAGCGUUCAUCUAUGUAUGUUGGAUGUUGGGUGUACAACGUGUCGAGAUUAAAUAUACAAGUAAAAGUUCACACAAACAAAUCAAACCUAUUCGAGUCUCGUUUAUUCGAUUAUAUUAAGCGGUUAUGGUAUUUCUUUCGGAUGUAUGGGGCAUGGGAGAGAGUAAGUCACAGUGCCACGAUACGAACAAUUCUUCCUCGUUUCUGCAACAGAAUGACGAAGAAGUCGCUUUGUUGCCUUUCAAGAAUCAGGUCGGCGGACAUACAAGGUUGCUUUUACUAAAUCAGAAUACAAUUUGCAAACCGUUAAACUGCAGGGAACUCGACUUUUAUCAAAACAUUCCGCAGGAUAUACAAAUCUUUGUUCCAAAAUUCAAAGGUGUCAUGCAAGCUUCGAAUAGCGGCGAAGUUACAUUGGAUAAACGUUAUAGCCCUAGCUUCAGAGAACAAGACAAUAGACAGGGACACGGUUCAGCUAAAAGAAAGCAGGACGACGUACUUAGGAUGAAAAUUCAUCGCGAGAAUACUUUGACCGGAAUACCAAAGUCAGGAAUUCAUUUGGAUAGCACACCAAACAGACAGUAUUUUCUUUUAUUGGAGAAUCUCACAUCACGAUACACUCAUCCGUGUAUAUUGGAUUUGAAAAUGGGGACCAGACAGCACGGUGACGAUGCAUCUGCAGAGAAACGUAGCACCCAGAUUGCAAAGUGUGCUGCCAGUACAUCUGCCUCUUUAGGUGUCCGAUUAUGUGGAAUGCAGGUUUAUCAAGCCGACACCAAUCAUUACGUUAAAAGAGACAAAUACUGGGGCAGGGAAUUGAAUGAAGAAGGUUUCAAAGCUGCGUUAUAUCGGUUUUUUCACAAUGGCUUUUGUUUACGGAAAUUGGUUAUCGAAAAAGUGGUACCCCAAUUAGAACAACUACGACGAGCCGUUGAAAGACAAAGUAGCUAUCGAUUUUAUUCGUGUUCGCUUUUGGUUGUUUACGAAGGACAUGAAGCGGACAAUUUUUCGGGACUCGGUCACUCACCAUCCGCCGUCUUACAAGCGGAAGAAGAAUCAACGAAUUCUAGUUUCGUCGACGACGUAAUUCAUAGUUCGGAAACAUGCUACGAUGGUGACUCGAGUAACUGUUCGACGGAAUACAAUCUUUCGAUUCAAGAGGAAAUCAGUCAAGCAGCUUUGCAUAGAGGAUUUGGCGAAGCAGCAGCGAGAGGGGCAAAAAGUACCGCCACUUUUUAUUCUCCAAGCGAGGAGACUGUUUUCGUCGAAUCUAGCGACAGCUUAAUCGACACAGUGCUUCAGUCUCCUAUAUACGAACAGUGGAUGCUUUAUAAAAGUUCGAACGACGAAUUUUCUUUUGGACACGGUUCAGACAACGCGGAGGAAACUAGUUCCGACACGGAAAUUCGACCGGAUAACGGACUAAAGAGACAAAGGCAUGCGCAACGAUUGCUUCAUUGGUGCGAAAACGAGGAAACAAUCGAAGAAGAAGUCGACUGCGACGAUAUCAUAACAAACAGGUAUACAUCCUGUUCUUAUCGAUCAAAAAUGAAACAAAAACAUCAAGAGGUACGCGUCGAUGUAAAGAUGAUCGACUUUGCGCAUACAAGUUUUGUACAUGGUUCGAGCGUAGCCUGCAACUCAACUUCCAUGGUGCACCAAGGUCCUGAUUGUGGCUUUUUAACAGGACUCGACAGUUUGAGGCGGCUCCUCCUUGAAAUUAUAACCGAAAAUUGAAAGCAGUAAAAUAUGUAUACAACAGAGAACAUUGAACAUUGUUUGUUUCGAUGGUGAAAUCAGAAGAAGAAGAAGAAGAAAUGCACUAAUUUCAGUUUUCAACGUAGACGUUAAUUGUUUCGUUCGUCACAAUGACAUGGACGAUAAAAUUGUAAAUGCGUCAAAAACGUUGGUUGUCACGAGAGCGAUCUGUACAUAUUUUGAACGUAUAAUUUUAUGUUGUCAAGCUUCAUAAGUUAUGAAAUCCUGAGUUUAUCAAACAAAGAAACAGAUAGAUAUAUCGUGUACAUUUUAACCGUAAAUCGAACUACAUUGUAUUAUGAUUCCGAAUACAAACACAAUUGUAGAACGAAGAAAUCUUACUUUCCGUCUUACCCACGCUACGAAUAGUCUUAAAAAACUAUAAGUCGUCGACGUUCUGCUUUCAUUUUUUUUUUUUUUGCGUAUCGUUUAAUCGCACAACACGACCUGUAUUGGUCUUAAGGUCUGCAUCCCAGACCUCUACCCGAACCAAUAUCGGUCAAAAAUCCAUUUUAGUACAUCACUUAUAUGUAUUUAUCAUGGCUAAUUGUAUUACUGUAUUACUCUUUUAAUGCAUUUAAAUAAAUAAAUAAAUAAAUAAAUAAACAUGUUAGCGGUGCUCAGGUUGAGCACAGAACCGAUGGGUAAUAGCGAAGAAAGUCAGAGCCGCGUCAUCGUUGGUCGAUAAUCGGUAUAUAUAUGAAAUAAAUAUACGAUAUCGAGCUCGCAUCAUUUUUUUUCUUCUUUUUUUUUCUAGGUACGCACAGUAUUUUUAUUUUAAAUUCUACUCGGAAGCCAAGUAUUAGAACAUUAGAUAUCCAUGGCUACGAUAGAAAUACACUCGAUUCCCGAAACGAUGUCUGGUAUGUUUCAAACAAUCGUACGACAGUUAACAUUUGUAAUAGGUAACAGGUAACAUUAACUGCAAUCUACAGAAACAACUAUAGAUUAUGGUUAAGAAGAGUUUAGUAUCGUAAAUAAAUGUCUGAUCGGUAUCCAAAUAACGUGUAAAAAGUAUUUUUAAAUAUAAAAUAAAUGUAUCCUUUGUCCAAUGAA